GAUUCUCUUCAUUUUUUUAUUUUGAUUGUGAAAUGCAGUGAUGGAUUUGAAGCAAACAAUACGUCAUUUAGCACACGAGAUUAUGCAUUUAUGCGUAAUCGAUAAUAGUGAAGGCAUAUUUGUUUUGAAACAAUGGAUUUGUACUAAUAGAUAAGAACCUUAUCAGUAUCGUGAUUUCUUCCUACAUUUGACGUUAUUCUAUUUCUUAACUGAAUGUAUUUUUAAUGUGCAAUAACCACGUAUGAAAUACGCGAGUUGACCAUACACUUAUAUUUUAUAUCAUAAAUUUGAUAUUAUUGGAUUUUUUGCUGCAAUAUGUUUUGAUAUGCAGGGUUAUUCUAUUGACCCCGAAAGUGGUGAAGCGAAGAUAAAAGAAGAUGCUUCCAGUAAAUUUUAUAUCAUCAUGGAAGCUUUGGGAACUUAUCCUAUUUUGAAGUCUUUUCUCGCGGGAUCACUGUCGGGUACUUUUUCAACUAUUUUAUUUCAACCAUUGGACCUUAUCAAAACAAGACUUCAAAGUAGAGUAAAUCUUCACCUGGAUGCUUCAAGAAGUGGUACUUUAGGAACGAUCAUUCAUAUAGUUAAAAAAGAAAAUGUGUUUGGACUCUGGAGGGGUAUAACUCCGUCUAUCACCAGAGUUGUUCCUGGUGUUGGAUUAUAUUUUUCAUCGUUACAUUGGUUAAAACACACUUUGCAACUAGAAGAUCCACUCACACCUAUAGAAGCUACAUUACUAGGUAUUACAGCAAGAUCUAUGUCUGGAGUUUUAUUAAUUCCAAUAACAGUGGUGAAAACGCGUUUUGAAAGCGACAUUUAUAAAUAUAAUAGUGUAGGAGAAGCACUGAAAUUAAUUUAUCAGCAGGAAGGAGUAAGAGGUCUUUCACGCGGAUUAGUACCGACAUUAUUAAGAGACGCCCCUUUCAGUGGUCUUUAUCUUAUGUUUUAUACUCAAUUAAAAAGUAUAGCUAUAGAAGCAGAUUCGCUCUGCGAUAAAUCCUUAGUUCCAGUUCAUUUUAGUUGUGGAAUACUAGCAGGAAUAUUUGCUUCUAUUAUAACACAACCGGCAGAUGUGAUUAAAACGAAAAUACAACUGUAUCCAAAUGAAUUUAAUGGUGUUCGUAAUUCUGUAUUGAGGAUUUAUGAAAAAUACGGUGUAUUAGGGUAUUUUAAAGGCAUUGUUCCAAGAAUGUUGAGAAGGACAUUAGUGACUGCAAUGGCUUGGACUGUAUACGAAGAGGUUACAAAAACUAUUGGACUUAAAUAAAAUUGCUGCCGUCUAAUUAUUUUAACUUUUUGGCAUCUGUUGACAUGAAGUGAGGGAAUUAAAUACGCACGAGAGAAUCAAAGUCAUUCAACCAAUACAAAUAUUUACACUUGAUG